GUCUCUACCACCACCGUUCUCCACGCAUUCGCGCGCUGUCCGAUUAUCCACAGGCCGCGGAGGGUCCGUCACAAUUUAUCGCUCCUGUGUGGCUCGAGGAACGUGAUCUUCACCUCUGACCGGGCAUCAAAUUCUUGAUUUUCUUCCGCGAACUGUGAACCGUAAACACGAGGUAUUCCAUGUCGCGCGGAUGACAGAAGGUUCCCGGAUUACUGGCCCGAAAUCAUUGUGUGUACCAAGAAGUGACUCCGUGCGCCCGCAGACCUCCUUCGGAGGAGUGCAAGCCCGACAAUGUUGUCGAGGUUCACUCGGAGAGCCUUCGAUGAGUAUUUGCUCUUCACGAAUUUCGCUCUUGGUAGUACCUUCAUGCUCGGAGGAGACAUACUCGCCCAGAAGGUCACGAGAGAUGGUCCUCAUGAUUGGCAGCGCUCGAAGAACAUGGCGAUCAUGGGGACCGGCUUCGGGAUCAUGGGGCAUCAUUGGUACAAGUUUCUGGACAAGCGUUUCCCUGGGAAGAGUUUGCAAAUGGUUCGGAACAAACUAUUAUGCGAGUGCGCUGCUACACCCGCCUUCGCAGGUUAUACCUUCAUAGCGUUCGGCAAACUCCAAGGAAAAUCGAUGACUGAGUGCGGUCGUGACUUUAGGGAGAAAAUCAAGUUCAUAUGUGUCGCAGACUGGUUCGUCUACGUGCCCGCUCAGGCCAUCAACUUCUACUUUCUCCCCCCGAAAUUCCGGUUCUUGUUCGUUUGUGGUUUGUCCGUGAUUUAUGACAUGUUCCUGGCGUGGCUCCUGACCAAGGAGUUCCAACCAAUCGAGUCGAAGGCAUCAGUGGAGGAGCCGAAGAAAGGGCGGUAGAAUCUGCGCCUUCUCUAUGCUGUAAACCCAGGUCAGGAACCGAGCUCAAAGUAAUAUUCUGCUCGAGAAGGAAAGAUAGCUUCAGCUACCCUUAAAUUUAUUGAGGUUGACGGUUGUGAUGGCGGAAGGUUCCCGGAAA